UGGAGAUUGAAAGAAACAACACAUCAACAACAGGAAGUGACAGUCCUUUAUCAUCAAGAUGGCGAAUAUAGCAACGCAGCCACGGUUCACCCUUUAUGCACCUGCAACAUCAACAGCCCUGGAUCAGGUGGACAACAGUACGAACAGCACAGCAACGCAUCUGCUCAAGUCGUUCGUCAACAGAAUGAAUGAUAAAUACCAUAGGGAGGAUGAGCGCCUGAAGACGUUCGAGACCUGGCCAUUGCCCUGGCUGGACAAGAACGUGCUGGCACAGACAGGCAUGUUCUAUACGAAUGAGGAUGACAAGUGCAAAUGCUAUUUCUGUGAGGUGGAGAUCGGUCGUUGGGUGCACGAGGAUCAUCCCGUGAAUGAGCAUCUACGUUGGUCGCCCAACUGCCCGCUUCUGCGCCGUCGCACCACCAACAACUUGCCUAUAAACGCGGAUGCCUUGGAUCGCAACCUGCCACAAGCCAGCUACGAUGUGUGCGGAUCAAAUGAUACAUCCUCGUUGGAUAUACGCGAGAAUGCCUACUCUGAGGGAUUACCCUCUAUACAGUCGACGGGCAUGAACAGUUUUCAGCCAGCGAGAGCUGCCAGUCUGGGCUCGUCGACAACACCAGCGUCAACGAACAGCUCGAGUGGCGGCAAUUAUUUUCCCGAGUAUCCAGAGUAUGCCAUCGAGUCGGCACGUCUGCGCAGCUUCGAGGAUUGGCCGCGCAACAUGAAGCAGAAGCCACAGCAGCUCGCCGAGGCGGGUUUCUUUUAUACUGGGGUCGGCGAUCGCGUACGCUGUUUCAGUUGCGGCGGCGGCCUCAAGGAUUGGGACGACAACGACGAGCCCUGGGAGCAGCAUGCUCUCUGGCUGGGACAGUGCCGCUUCGUCAAGCUGAUCAAGGGUCAGCUGUACAUCGACAGUGUCGUGGCAGCAGCAGCCGAGGCAGCCAAGCAGGAUCAGGCGAAGGAGCAGGAACAGGCGCAAAGUCUAAACGUCGGCUCUACGCAAAGCUCAGCCAGCAGUACUAUCGCUUCAUCAGAUAUUGCUCCGGCUACUGCUGGUGUUGCUGCAGCUGUUGCUGCUGGCGCUCCACAACCAGAGGUUGCGGCCAGCGAGGGCGAUGUGCCGCCAACAGCUGCCACACGCAUCUACAACAAAAUUGUGGCCCAUUCAGCAGCCGACUCUAUGGGCACGGGCACGGCGACGUCAGCGCCUGGCGCUCCAGUUAUCGUGCCCGAGGAGAAACUCUGCAAGAUCUGCUAUGCGGCCGAGUACAACACCGCAUUUUUGCCGUGCGGGCAUGUCGUGGCAUGCGCCAAGUGCGCCUCGUCCGUGACCAAGUGCCCGCUCUGCCGGAAACCCUUCACCGAUGUCAUGCGUGUAUAUUUUUCUUAAAUGGCAUCGAGUCCACCAUCCUAACCUAUACUGGACGUCCGCAGGAGGCUAGCGCGGCCAAUUGUCCUGGCCGUUAUUUGAAACAAAGCACCACCC